AUGGAUAAUCCAAAAUCACAAAUCACAUCUCUGAUCCACACCCUCUGUUCCGGGGCUCCCUCCGCCCAACAAAAAGCUCUACAACAGUAUUUCACCCCCGACGCAUCGUUCUCGCAUCCACUGUGCUCGGUACCUUCUUUUUCUUCUGUUCGACUACCCCUGGUUGGAGAGGUCAAUAGUAGAUGGGUAUUGGGGUGUGUGUAUAAAUGGUAUAAGGUGUUGAGUCCAAGGGUUGUGGUGGGAGUGGAUGGAGUUGAAUAUAACCCAGAAACGCAAACUCUCUUUCUCCAACUCCAUCAACAAUUCCACCUCUUCUUCCUUCCAUUUUUCUAUCCAACAGUGUACCUAACCACAAUCCUUAAUCUCUCCCCCGUCAAACAAUCUUCUAAAACCAGGUCCUCAGCAUCCGAAACCAAAUACCUUAUAAAGCACCAAGAAGAUCUCUAUCAAUCUGCAGAACUCGUCAAGUUUUUCUGGCCGGGAGGAACACAAAUUAUUAGCCUUUGGAGGCUGAUUGCGACAUUUUUAUGUAUAGUAGGGGCAAUGAUGUUUGCGCCGAUGACGUGGAUGGAGGAGCGGGGAUGGUUUGGCAAUGGGAUGGAUGUAAAGAGGGGCGAGAAAGAAGAUGGAGGGGAGCACGAGACAGGUGAUCGCGAGACUAAUGGGGUGAAUGGCUCAAGGAGAGAGAAGAGAACGAAAACGAUUAGUGGAUCCGGGGGGAAGAAUAGAUAG